AUGUUGUCCGGAGAUCAAUUGAAACCAAGACAUGAGGUCAAGGACCAGGAGCUCGACCGACCAAGCAAUGAGCCGGAGGUGUCUAUACCGCAAGCUAGGCGAGCGCGUCUGAAGGCAUCGAUUUGGGACAUCUGGGACAAAUCUCCCCGUGAGCGCAAACUCGUUCAGGUGGAUUGGUGGCUAUUGAGCUACGCCUGCACCGCAUAUUUUAUCAAAUCUUUAGAUCAAUCCAAUACUUCCAAUGCCUACGUCUCAGGUAUGAAAGAAGCCCUCGACCUAAAGGGCAAUGACCUGAACUACCUCACGACAUACUGGAACAUCGGAUAUCUCAUCGGGCAACUCCCAUCCCAGCUGGUCCUCACCAAGAUCAGGCCGUCUAUUUGGUUACCAGCCCUUGAGCUACUAUGGAGAAUAUUCGUCAUGGCACUCGCAAGCGCAAAGAAUGUUGAAACGCUCUUUGCGCUGCGCUUUUUGAUCGGACUUUGUGAAGCGUCCGCUUAUCCGGGCAUCAUCACACUUCUAGGGAAUUGGUAUACACCACAGGAACUGGCAAAACGGAGCGCAAUAUUCCAAGCCUCCUCUAGUGCUUCCAACAUGUUUUCGGGAUAUCUUCAGGCAGCGCUGUAUUCGGAUAUGAAUGGCCGCGCAGGUCUCUCUGCUUGGCAGCGGUUGUUUAUUUCUUAUGGUAUUCUUAGAGUACCCAUUGCUCUAUACGGCUUUCGGGCUAUUCCUGAUUCUCCGAAUGACUCGAAAACCCGAUGGCUUAGCAAGUAA